GGUUACCCAAAGUACGCGCUAACCCAAGACCUAUUGCGUGCAUUCGCCCGCGUCGCUCGAGUGAAAGUGGAGAAAAUGACCGACCACUUCGCCGUCCUAGUAUGCAACAACGCACAAGACGUAGAAACAGCCGUCGAAGCCUCAAACACCAUACAUGUGUAUGGAAGUUUCCUCACUAUAAGGAAGUUUACUAAGGAAUACCAAAAGCCGCCGGGCCGACAGUUUAAUCUUAGUAAGCAAAAAUGCAUAAUCGUGGAGCCCAAAGACAUAGACCUGACGGGCGACUUCUUCGCCCAGACCGCGGCGGUGCUGGCCCGGGUGAGGCUCACGCAGGGCGAGGUGGAGAGAAUAUCGACAUUGUAUGCUGAUGUGGAGGCGGCUUUGAGCACUGUUUGGCCCGGUUGCGUGGCGAUGCCUUUCGGCUCCAUAACUACCGGUCUCGGCAUCAAGACAAGCGACGCGGACUGCUUCGUGGACCUCCCCCCCCGCUUCCACUACCCUCAAGCAAACCACGUCAACAAGGCAAAGAGACUACUGCAACAAUACCCCGCCAACUUCGCAGAGAUACUCUCUAUACCACGAGCUAAUACCCCGAUAGUCAAGUUCUAUCAUAUACCGACGGGUACCAACUGCGAUUUGAGCUUCAAAACCCCGCUAGGAGCGCAGAAUAGUAAGCUUAUAACGUUCUUGUUGCAUGCCGAUCCGAAGCUGAUCCCGAUAGCGGUGAUAAUAAAGUACUGGGCGAAAGUACAUGAGUUGUCGGGCACGGGGAGACUGUCGAAUUAUGCGCUGACGAUGUUGUUGAUAUUCUAUCUGCAGCAGCCGCCGAUGUCGAUACUGCCGUCCGUGGAAUGGCUGCAAAGAGAUGCGGAAAAUGAUUAUAUAGUCGAUGGUUGGAAUACAGGAUUCAUGAACAAGAGGGAUAUGAUACCACCGACGACUAACACGUCAUCUAUAGCGGAGUUGCUAGGAGGUUUCUUUGAGUUCUACGCUAACUUUAACUUCCAUGAGUUAGUAGUGUGUCCGUUUAUGGGGAAGCCUAUUAAGAAGCAAUGGUUUAAGGAGCCGGGGCUCUUGCCGCCGGAAUAUACGCGGUAUUGCAAGAACGUUACGGAUGAAAUUUCCUUUCCGAUGCGGGUGACUACGUCAUUCUGCGUGCAAGAUCCGUUUGAGCUGUCGCAUAAUGUGGCUUCGUCAGUCGGGUCGAGGUUGGCAGAGGACAUCGUGGCUUACUUUAAAUUUGCAGCAAACGCUUACGAAACAGAGAAGCUGAAUAACUGCCAGAACUUCCUGAAGACCAUUUUGCUGCAGCGGCCCAAGUUGAACAAGGGCCGGGUCCACCGCGAGUUCAGAUUCAGCAUGUUCCCGAAGUAUUUCGAGGCGUUGAAGGACCCCGACUGGAAGGGAACAGUGCGCAUGGUGGUACUCAGCGUCUUCGAGAAGAUACUGAAGCUGCAACUGGGGAAGAUAGAGGAGAAAACCAACCCAGAACAGAAGAAGGAAAAGGAGAAGUACUGGACGAUCAUGCGGCAGCCGGUGUGGCGGCGGCGGAAUGUCAGCAAGGAACUCAGGAACGCAAAUUUAGGGUUCCUAGAGAAAGAGAUGAAGAUCACGGAAGAGAUCCUAGCCAAGGACACGCCGCCGAUAGAAAUGGAGUUCCAAGUGAUAAUGACGUACAGUGAAAACCCGCGCAUAGCGACGGUCACGGUGAAGCUUUCGAAUGCACCGAUGGAGCUGUUUGUGGAAUUCGGCCGCUUCUUCAUAAGCACUAUGCCGACUUGGACGAUGAAUCUGCUAAAACCGCCGACUAAAAAACCAAUAGUCAUACCGGGAAUGGAAAAAGGAGACGCAGGGAAUAACAGUAAAGACGACACCGGGAUGGCAAAAGGGGAUGCAAAAGAUGCGGCACAAUCUAAAAGUGAUACGGAGGAAUUAAACAAAACAAAUGGUGAUAGCAAUGGCGAUGAAAGAGAAAAGAAUAAUACGGUGACGGAGAGUGGCGAAAAAGUGACGGAUACAAAUAGUAGUGACGCGAAAACAAGUGAUGAAAACGUUACAGAAGUAACAUCUGAUAAUGUGAAAGAUGUAAAUGCAGAAAUUGCGAAAGAUGUCAAUGACGAAAUUGUGAAAGAUGAAAAUGCCGAAAUUGUGAAAGACAAUAGUAAUAUUGAAAGCGCUACGACAGAAAUGAUAGCUUUAUCAAUUUAGUGUACAGUUUUAAAAGUGCUUUUACUAGUUCUAUAGUUAUGAUGAUUACAAAGUACAAUGUAGAUUUUAUUCUGAAUGUAAUACAAAGUCAUUGAUGUUAUAGUUUGACUGUUAAUGAUUAAUAGUAAAUACAAUACUCUCUAUUGCCUUUUAUACAGAUAAAUAAUAGUUAUUGAAUUAAUAAAGAAGUUUAAUUACUUUUAAAGCGAUCUCUACCGUGUGCUGUAAUUUAUGUACUAAUGUGUGCACAUUAAAUACUUAGAACUGUUAUCUGUUGAAAGUACAUACAACAUUGGCAUAAUGUACGAAUGUU